AUGUCGAAAAAGCAGUCGUUUGAUGACUUCUUGAAGAAGCAGAAGCAAGCUCAACAACAGAAGACAGGUUUCGGUUAUAAAAAUGCCGGAAUUAACCAAUCUGCUUCCAAUUAUUACACUCAAGGAUUCAUACCAGGAGAUGUGAAUAAUGUUGCAUCCCAGCCACAAGGUCAACAGGGUUUUCCAAACGGUUAUCCAGUGGAUGGAAGCCAGCAGGGAUUCCAAGGGUACCACCCACAAGCUUACAACCCACAAGCGUAUCAACCACAAACCUAUCAAGGAUAUGAUAAUCAACCUAGAAGUGCCAUUAGAAGCCCAAUUGAAAGUUUCACUUCAAGUGCUAGAUCAACUCCAGACCCAAACUCUUCCACCACCUCUUUAAGCUCUUUAGGUGGAACCUUGACUAAGUUGAAUAUUAAGGACUCCCCCAUUGAAGAAAACAUCAUGAACAUUGAAAGAGCUACCAAGUUAAGUGAAGUUAAGACGGAAAUCGAUAAUAUUUUGUCUUUAAUUGAAUCUAAAUCCAUUUCAGUUAUAAAUGAUUGGAAAUUUCUCGAUAUAGUCAAGUCUUUGGCCAAACCCAAAAAUACUCCAUUGUUAAGAGAAGCUUCUGCUUUGAUUAUCCAACAAUUAUCCAUUAAGCUUGGCGGUCAAACUCCAAAAGAAGCCUACUUCACACAAUUCAUAGGUACCACUUAUGACUUUGCUGCCGAUAAAGAUAAGAAUGUUGUGAAGGCUGGCCAUGUGGCUGCCAACUCUUUAUUGGGAGUUUUCCCAGUUGAAGCGUUGGGAUCAACAGUAUUUGACGAGCUCUUGAAGUACCUCAAAUCGUCUGCCAAGUGGAACUCCAAGGUUGCUUGUUUGGACACGGUUGAUAAAUUAAUUGACGAGGUUCCAGCUGACUUGUUGGAAUUGAAGUUCGUUAAGGCAGUCCCAAUUCUUACUGAUAUGGCUACUGAUUUCAAGCCUGAAUUGGCCAAGCAUGGUUUGAAGGUCUUGAAGAAGUUUGUUAAAGUUCUUGACAAUUUGGAUUUGCAGAACAAGUAUGACAUUAUUGUUGAAACUUUAGCUGAUCCCCAAAAAGUCCCCAACUGUAUCAAGAACUUCUCCUCUGUAACGUUUGUGGCAGAAGUCACUGAACCAGCCUUAUCCUUAUUGGUGCCUAUUUUGGACAAGUCAUUGAAAAUGUCCUCUUCCUCCAAUGAGCAAUUGAGACAGACUGUUACAGUCACUGAAAACUUGACCAGAUUGGUCAAUAAUAAGCGUGAAAUUGAAACCUUUAUUCCAACCUUGUUACCAGGUGUUGAAAAAGUGUUCAAGAAUGCUUCAUUACCAGAAGUUAGAGAAUUGGCCAGCAAGGCCUUGAAAGUGUUAAAAGAUGCUGAAAAUGAACAGGGUGAUGGAAGUUUCCAUGGAAGAUUAACCUUAGACCAAUGCAAGGAAUUCUACCUCAGAAACAAAGAAGAGUACCAACCAGUGAUCGAUGCCCUAUAUAUCGAAACUGAUUCUGUGAUCGCCGAAUACUUGUCGGUUGUGUUACAAGCCGAUGCUCAUGUCAAUGAUUGGAAACGUCUUCAAGAAUACUUGGGUAUGACUGUCCCCGUUAACAACGAUAUUUCCGAAGAAUUGAAAGAAAGCUAUAUCUCAAGCCUUAUAGCUCAUUUAAGAGGGUUAUAUAACCCUGAUACUGGAUCUAACAAUGAAGAUGAUGAUGGAGCCAUUGAAAUUGUCAACGCCGACUUCUCUUUGGCUUAUGGUUCUCGUAUGUUGUUGAACAAAACCACUUUGCGGUUGUUAAAGGGCCACAGAUACGGUCUUUGUGGUAGAAAUGGUGCUGGUAAGUCCACUUUAAUGAGGGCUAUUUCCAAGGGUCAAUUGGAAGGUUUUCCAAGCCCCGAAGAGCUUAGGACUUGUUUUGUUGAACAUCGUUUACAAGGAGAAGAAGGUGAUAUGGAUCUUGUUAGUUUUAUUGCUUCUGACCCAGAACUUAAAGAUGUUGGACGUGAAGCCAUCGCUGAUGCCUUGAAGGAGGUUGGCUUCCCAGAAGAAAGAGUUGCCCAGCAUGUGGGAUCUUUAUCUGGUGGAUGGAAGAUGAAAUUAGAAUUGGCAAGAGCUAUGUUGAUGAAAGCUGAUGUUUUAUUGUUGGACGAACCUACCAAUCACUUGGAUGUUGCCAAUGUCAAAUGGUUAGAAGAUUACUUGAACGAACACAACGAAAUUACAUCUUUGAUUGUUUCCCACGACUCUGGUUUCUUAGAUGCUGUUUGUACUGAUAUUAUCCACUACGAAAACAAAAAGUUGGCUUACUACAAGGGUAACUUGUCUGAAUUUGUGGCUGUUAAGCCAGAAGGUAAGUCAUACUACACGUUAACAGACUCCAACGUUAAGAUGGCUUUCCCACCUCCCGGUAUGUUAUCUGGUGUUAAGUCUAAUACCAGAGCUGUUGCUCGUUUAGCAAAUGUAACUUUUGCUUACCCAGGAGCAGCCAAACCAUCUUUGAAAGACGUUUCUUGUUCUUUAUCAUUAUCCUCUCGUGUUGCCAUCUUAGGUCCAAAUGGUGCUGGUAAAUCCACUUUGAUCAAGUUAUUGACUGGUGAAUUAGUUGCCAACGAAGGUAAGGUUGAAAAGCAUCCAAACUUAAGAAUCGGUUAUAUUGCCCAACAUGCUUUACAACAUGUUGAACAACACAAAGAAAAGACUGCCAACCAGUAUUUGCAAUGGCGUUAUAGAUUUGGUGAUGAUAGAGAAGUGUUAUUGAAAGAAUCAAGAAAGAUCUCUGAAGACGAGAAAGAGAUGAUGAGCAAAGAAUUCAGCAUUGAUGAUGGAAGAGGCCCAAGAGCCAUUGAAGGUAUAGUCGGAAGACAAAAAUUGAAAAAAUCUUUCCAAUAUGAAGUGAAGUGGAAGUUCUGGCUUCCCAAAUAUAACUCCUGGGUUCCAAAAGAGGUGUUGAUAGAACAAGGAUUUGCAAAAUUACUCCAAAAGUUUGAUGAUCAUUUGGCAUCUAAAGAAGGUUUAGGAUAUCGUGACUUGACUCCAUCAGUAAUCAGUAAGCAUUUUGAAGAUGUUGGUCUUGAUAGUGAUAUUGCUGACCAUACUCCAAUGGGAUCAUUGUCUGGAGGACAAUUAGUUAAAGUUGUCAUCGCCGGAGCCAUGUGGAAUAAUCCCCAUUUAUUAGUUCUUGAUGAGCCAACCAAUUAUUUGGAUCGUGACUCAUUAGGAGGUCUUGCGGUAGCUAUUAGAGAUUGGAGUGGUGGAGUGGUGAUGAUUUCACAUAACAAUGAGUUUGUGGGUGCCUUAUGUCCUGAACAAUGGCACGUUGAAAACGGUGAAGUGGUUCAAAGAGGCCAUACAGCUGUUGACACUAACAGAUUCGAAGGUGUCGAUGGUGAUACCGAAAGUAAAGAAGGAUCUCCAGCGCCUUCAGGUCCUCUUCCUAAAAAGAGAGCUGAUGAUGAUGACUCUCCUGCUAAUAUCAAGGUGAGAGCUCGUAAAACAAAGUUGACUAGAAACGAAAAGAAGGCCCAGGCGGAAAGGAGAAGAUUGCGUCACAUAGAUUGGUUGAACAGUCCAAAGGGAACUCCUAAACCUGCGGAUACCGAUGAUGAAGCAGAUUAA